AAUGAGACCUAUUCCUUGGUAUGUUAGAUUAGGCAUUGAUGUCAGUAUUUUCACAAUUCCCAUAUUAAUGUUAGCAAGUAAUAUACUUUAAUGAAUUUUUUAGGUUAUCCAAGAUUGGGCACACAUUUCCUUAACAAUAGAAGAAGAAAAUACAGAAGAAGAAGUAAAUAAAAGUUUUGAAUUUACUAUAGAUUUUGAUGAAAUCUAAUACAGAAAUGAUAGUACAUUAUCAAGUGAAGAAGUGAUAAGUUUUAGAUAGAGACUUGGAUUUCAAGACCUUAUUUGAUU